GUGCUAUGUCAGAUUUUUUUUCCCUUGACAGUUCAAAAUGAUGAAGUCUAAUAAUAGCACCACCCUGUCUAAUGGGAGGGGUACACCUUUUCAAUGCGUGAUUCUACAAGAAAAAAAAAGAGAGAGAGAAAAAAAAAAAAACCCAGCACGCAUGAAACAUGUUUAACCGUUUCACUUCCAGUUAGUCUCCUCCCUCAGAUAUCGGUUCGAAUUUUGGCUAUAAAUACCGAUAACCGAGGAGCCCUAAAAUGUGCACUUGUCGAUUCUGAGCUCUCCAGCAAGAUUCCUGCCAAGAAGAACUUUUUGGAGGUUGUGGGGUUUUUUUUUCAUCCACCGAGCCAGCAGUAUCUUCACUCCCUGGGGGUCUACUCACCUCAUCCUCUCCAAGGCACAAGACUUCAGCAGUUUGUUCUCCAGCAGCUAUGGCCCUCCGGUGCGUCCUCCUCUCCGUCCUGGUUGUCUCCUGGUUCCUCUGCACUGACUCCACUCCAACCUGCAAUAACCAGUGCUGUCGCUUCGUGGAGGGCUUCCCUGUCAGGCUCAAGAAGCUCAGAGAGGACUAUUCACAGAUCAGAGACUUCUAUGAAGCCAACGAUGACUUAGACACAGCACUUUUAGACCAGAGUGUGGAGGACUCUUUUAAGAGCCCGUUUGCCUGCCACACCAUGGACAACGUUUUAAACUUCUACCUGAGCACUGUCCUGCCAAAAGCUAUGUCAGAAGUGACUGAGGACACCAGGGACCUGAGACCCCACAUGGAGUCCAUACAACAGAUUUUCGACGAGCUCAAGAGCGAUGUCAUCAAAUGCAGAAAAUACUUCUCCUGCAAGAAGCACUUUGACAUCAAUAACCUAAACUCUACUUACACUCAGAUGGAGAGUAAAGGUCUUUUUAAGGCCAUGGGGGAGCUGGAUCUGUUGUUUAACUACAUUGAGACAUAUCUGGCUUCUAAACGGCACAGACACCACUCGACCUCUGCUUGAAGACCUACCGACCCUAAUCAAAAUGUAACCUUUUCACCUCAGGAAAAACGCUGCCUACUUUUUUUUUGCCCAGUGGUAUGCAUGUUGUCAGAUUUUGUUUUAUAAACCUGUUGAUGUCUUUCUUAUUCAGAGACUUAAGUUUCCGUUUUGUCCUGUGGACAUAUUUCUAUUGUGUGAGUCCUGCACUUGAGGGUACAUCAAAACUGUGACUUGUGAAGUGGUGAUAUUUAAUUUUUUUUACCAUGUCAUAUAAUGUAUUUUUGUAUUUAUUUACUAGUAUUUUCAAAGAUAAUAA